AUGGUAUUAUGUUGGAUGCCACUGUUGCUGUGAUUGGGGCUCGUGCCAAACCUGCUAUGGAUGAAGAAUUUCUGAGGAUGUAUCCAAAAAAAACUGUAUCUGAACUAAGUGAAAUGGAAGAGGAAGGGGUUUUUGCUGUUUUUGGGGUGGUUAGUUCUAUUGUUCCUGGGGAGGAUUGGUGGUAUCCUGCAUGCAAGUGUCAUAAGUCUGUUAUUGCUGAUUCUGGGGCUUACUUUUGCAAUGGAUGCAACAAGCAUGUUUUUCAAGUUGUUCCAAGGUUUAGGGUGAAGAUUGCUGUGUCUGAUGGUGCUUCUACUUGUGUGUUUGUUCUAUUUGAUACUGAUAUGAGUUACAUUUUAGAGAAAUCUUGUGCUCAUUUCGUUGGAAGAUCCAAGGCUGCUCCUGAUGAUGGUUCAUACCCUGCUGAGUUUGAGCUUCUCGUCGGUAAGAAGAUGUUGUUUAUAAUUGAUAAGGGAUUGAAGGUUACUAGGAUUGAUGAUGGAACUUUUAGAGUGAAGCGUGUGUGCAUGGAUUCUAAGAUUAUUGGGAGUUUUGUUGCUGAGGGACCAUAUCUUACUCCUGUUAGGAAUGUUUCUCCAGUCAUUAAUCUUGAUUCUGAUGCUGCAUCUCCUGAUGUUGAUUUUGUUGAAGAAACCCAGCCACUUGCACUCCUGAAAAACACUGCUGUUACACCUCCUGGCCUAGGUUAUAGUCCAGUUAAAAAUGACAUUGUGGUGAAUACUGUGAAAAGGUGCCUGUCCAGUUCUUUUGAUAGUGUUCAACCAGAUGAAAAGAAGAAGCGUCUGAGGAAGAUCAAGAUCGAGAAAGAAUGAAUGUUGAUCUUAUUUUACCUCCUGUUUUGUGUUCAUCCCAUUAUAAUGUUAGUGUUUUGUUUUGUUCUUUCCAAGGGCUUUUGAUAAGUGUUAGAGCUUAUUUGCCUAAUGUAGUUUCUAAGUUAGUUUGGUGCUAUAGUAGCCUCUUGUAUGUUAUUGAAUA